UUUUGUUUCAGUAUUUAGUAGGAUAGUACUUUGAAACUCUGGCAGCACUCUCAAUUUAUUGUUUCUGUGGGGAACAUAAUAAAGAACUUAAAAUUUUGAAAAGGUUACAUCAAGAUACCGGUACGCAUUUAAAAAUUAAUUACUGGCGUUAAUACUAUAUAUUUCUAUGAAAGAUCCGGACGGUACUGUAAAUAGAAUAAUGGAUUUAUGUGUAGUAGCUUCUAACGUUAAAGUGAAAGAAAAAAGGGAACGGCAACCAAAUUGGACCGAAGCCGAAAAACAAUUGCUACUAUCUCUUACGCGUAUUCACCAAGUUAUUUUAGAAAAUAAAGGAAGUGAUACAAUGACAAUUAAGAAGAAAUCGGAGGCAUGGGAUGAUAUAGCAACUAAUAUGCGGGCUGCAGGCUAUCAGCGAUCAAAAGAUAGGUUGAAACAGCAAUUGGGUCGUAUACGUGCAGCUGAGGCUAAAAAAGUGAAAGAUGCAUUAGCAAAGAGUUAUGUACAAGAGAGUAAACAUCUGGUAUUACCUGGAUGUUCAUCGGCUCAAGACGCGACAAUAAAUGUGCAAAAUUUUCACGUUAUGCCACCACCAAUUCAAGAGGUCGCAAUAAAAAUUGAAAAGGCAAUUUCAUUAGACGAUUUUGAAACAUCGUCUUCCGAUAAGCAAAUAAAUAAAAAUGAAAAUGAAUAUUUUAGUUUAGCUGAUCCGAUUUCGGCAUCAAUGCCAAUUAAUCACGGAGUGAUUAAACGAAUGUAUGAAGAUUCACAAUUUAUUAAUGUAACUUCGUCCCCUAUGGUUAAAACUGGGACUGGUGAAUCGAAAAAUCAAAUGCAAAAUAUGCCAACAAGCCAUAAUGGUAAAUAUAAAUGUAACUGUAAAUCAAAAAGGUUGCGACAUAUACGUCUUCGUAUUAACGGUCAUUCACCAAGGACUCGUUCUCAACGGAUUCGGCAAUUGCAUUUGUAUCGAGUUGCUGUGGAAAGAGAAAGAUUGAAAAUGUUGCGUAUGCAACAAAAGCGCGAUCACAUAUUUUACAGAAAAGAUAAACAAAUUCAAAAUUUAAAACUACAAAUAUUACAUAACUUAGCCCUAAACAGGAUUAAUCACAUUAAUUUUUCCUAAUCCUAAAAAUAAUAUGCACUUAAAUUGAUUUUGAGUAUUUGAACUUGAAUUUUUCAAUAUCUUAACCCACGAUUUAGUUUUGAAUUAGCUUUCAUAUCCCGCUUCUAUUUAUAGUUAACCACCUACUGUGUUCAUACCUAAA